GGAGGAGCGGAGCGCACCAAACUGGGAGCGCACGGAAACUUGUAGAGAGCACUGUUAUUAACAUCAUUUCUUAUUUCUUUUCGUUUUUUAAAAUUCCCUGAAAGGAGAGAUACCAUUUUGAUACACCCCGUCCUUUGGUGCAUUUGGUUUUUGUUUUUUUUUCGCAAGAGCAUGACCAAUGCUGUCCCUAUGACUGAUUUUACUUGAGGCUAUAGGGGAGAAAGCGAAAUGGAGACGUUUACAAUACACGACAUGCUCCUGAAUUCAACUGACCUCAACAAGAUUUUAUGUAAUUUUGGGAUCAAGAACAUUUCGGAGUGCGAGAGCGAGCAGGAGCCCUCACCCGAACCUCAAGACAUCAACCAGACAGUGCGGAUCGUCCUCUACAGCCUCAUCUUCCUCCUCAGCGUCCUGGGCAACAGCCUCAUCAUCGCCGUCCUGGUGAGGAACAGGCGCAUGAGGACCGUCACCAACCUCUUCCUCCUGUCUCUGUCCAUCAGCGACCUGAUGGUGUCCCUGGUCUGCAUCCCCUUCACUCUCAUCCCCAACCUCAUGAGGGACUUCGUCUUUGGCACCGGCAUAUGCAAGCUGGUCAUGUACUUCAUGGGUGUCUCAGUGAGCGUUUCCACAUUCAACCUGGUGGCCAUUUCCCUGGAGCGCUACAGCGCCAUUUGCAACCCACUGACCUCCAGGACGUGGCAGACCAAGUCCCACGCCGCCAAGGUCAUCACUGCCACCUGGGUGGUGUCCUUCAUCCUGAUGCUGCCCUACCCGAUUUCCAGCACCCUCAAACCCUUCACCCGACGCAACAACAGCACCGGGCACAUGUGCCGCCUGGUGUGGCCCAAUGACGUCAUCCAGCAGUCCUGGUACGUGUCCCUGUUGUUGCUGCUCUUCCUAAUCCCCGGGAUCGUCAUGAUGACAGCCUAUGGACUCAUUUCUCUAGAGCUCUACCGGGGAAUCAAAUUUGAGGUGUCCAACAGGAAAUCUAGCAGAGACAGACAAUCCAGCACCGGCAGCAUCAAGCCCGGAGACAGUGACGGCUGUUAUAUGCAGCCGUCUAAAAGGAAGAGCAUCACAGGCAACUCCACCAACUCCAGCAGCAAACCCAUGGUGGGCCGUGUGUGUGGCAGCAGCUCUACAGCCAACCUGAUGGCCAAGAAGCGCGUGAUCCGCAUGCUCCUGGUCAUCGUCUUCCUCUUUUUCCUGUGCUGGACCCCCGUCUUUGUGGUCAAUGCUUGGCAGGCUUUCGACCGGCGCUCGGCCUACCGCCUGACCGGCGCCCCCAUCUCCUUCAUCCACCUGCUCUCCUACACCUCGGCCUGCGUCAACCCCAUCAUUUACUGCUUCAUGAACAAGCGCUUCCGCCAGGGCAUGCUGUCCACGUUCACCUGCUGCAGCUGCUUGAGGAGCGGCGAAGGGAGCAGCGGCUUAGGGAGGUCAGCUGGAAUCGGAAUGGCUAAAGGGGAAACGGGCAGAUCUAGACCGGGGCCAGUGGCCACUGAGCAGAAUGGUCAUACCCCGCCAAGUGGAGCAAGCACACGAUUCACCUACACCGGCAUCCGUGCAUCAGCCUGGAGUGAGCUGACUUAAACUGGAUUGAUAUGUGUAUGUGUGUGUGUUUGUGUGUAAGAGCUCCGGCCUGAGAGCACACACUUAAAGGGAAUCUAUUGUGUUUUAACGUGAAGCCCUCAAAGUGCUUAUAGGACUAGUUUAUGAGCAUCUAUGUCGCUUUAGCUUGGAGUGGGUACAACAGUUAAUGACUGUGGAGCAAAAUCGAUGUACUUUCAGUGCUUUCACAACAGAUCAACACAGCCAGAUGUUUCCCUAAGGCUUGCAGUGUCCAGGGUGGAUGCCUUGGUCAGGUUUUUAUGAAGCAGAAUACCAAUUUAUGUAGUUAACCACUCUCCUUAUACUCCCUUUAACAAGUGGCAAAUACGUCUGGUGGUUGAUGUUGUCAACCGUUCUUAAAGAUCGGUUGACAAAAGAAUCUCACCUUAAGAGCAAUUUGAUUACUGGUCUGGAGUCAUCAUCUUCAUCCGCAGAUCGACUAGUCCAGCCCAGUUCACGUCCACGUUAAAGAAUGACCUUUGAAACUUAACUUUGAAGCCAACGUGGUCCUUAAAGUGCUCAGAAAAAAGGGGAAUUUGCUAAUUAAGGUCAUGCGAUAUGAUCAAAAGCUCUUAAACAGCUACUAAACAGAGGUCGAGAUUGCUUCCAGGAAGUCGAGAUCGGACUACCAGUUUUAGCAAGUUUAGCUCCCUCAAUAACAAAUCAUGUAUAAUUUCCCCUGACCACAUUAAGCACGCACAUUUUCAUUUUUAUAUGUAUUUUUCCUUCUUUCCAGGCAGCCAUUGGUCUCCUAAUGCAGCUUUAAAGAAAUUGUUUCACAUUUUGAGAAACUGCUUGUCGAGAGCUAGAUGAGAAGAUCGAUGGGGCUAAAGCUGGGAGGCAGUUAGUUUAGCGAUUAGCAAGACUGGUAGCAACGGGAAGCAGCUAGCCUGUCAAUACCUGCCCAAACCCCUCUAUAAUCACUAUAAUUAACACUUUGCAUGGCAUGUGUUUAAUCCUUCACUCCAACUGAAGUGGUAAAAAAACGGGAAGCUCUUCCUGUUGGUGUACUAAUGCUCUGUA